UGCUAUUCCAACUUAUCACCAAUGAGAGUCACUUUAGGUUUCGGAUACUCUAGGGCAUUCAACUCGUUAAGGUGCACACGGUUGAGUGUGCCUUCGCAUAUUGCAUUGUAUAAACCCCCUACUAUAAUACGACCUUUGCAAUUCUUCUCAAGUACAAGAAUUGUUCAAGAUGAUCAACACCGUCAAACCAAACCCAACAAGAAACUGCUGAUUAUCCCAUCUUCAGAGUUGAGACAAGAGUUUCAAGCUACCACAAAGAAGAACAUUGAGUCAAUUCUCCCCAAACAUGAAAACAUUUAUACCAUUCCUAAUCUUUUGACAUUUACAAGAAUUGCAACAACCCCUGCCAUUGGUUACUUUCUUUGUAACAACCAGACGGCUUGGGCAAUGUCCAUAUUUGUCUACUCGUGCGUAACAGACUUUGUAGAUGGGUUCAUCGCAAGGAAAUAUAAUAUGGGCACUGUGUUGGGUUCUGUUAUGGACCCCAUGGCUGAUAAGUUUCUUAUGACCGUGUGUACUGUCUCUCUAUCCUAUGCUCUGACCAUGCCAUUAUACAUGGCCAGUUUGAUUAUCGGUAGAGAUGUGAUGUUGGGAUUUAUGGCCAUCUAUUACCGAUACAUUUCUUUACCUGCCCCUAAAACAUUUGUAAGAUAUUGGGACUUUCUGAUCCCCAGUGCAAGUGUUCACCCUACCAGAUUAUCCAAAUGGAACACUGGGUUUCAAAUGAUUUAUAUUGGGCUUCUUGUUAUGAAACCCGGUAUUGAGCUGCUACUAGGAGAUAGUCUGUGGGUUGAAAGCUUCCAAUAUGGGUUGACAGCCUUUGAAUAUUUAGUUGCAUCAACAACAAUCAUUUCUGGAGGGACUUAUUUAUUCUCUAAAGAUGCUGUCAAGUUUGUAAACAAAUAAAUAGCACACAUAUAGAUU